CUCUCUCUUCUUUCUGCAUCCCACGUUCAAAGUCGUGAUGGCCAGUAAACGCCUCAAGCAGUUCGCCGGGUUCCACGGAGAACAUGAUUGGCAUCAGCAACGUCUCCAUCGGUUAGAACAAUAAUCCUUGGUAGAUGCCAAAGAUCCUGCUGUCCCACUUACUUGGAUUGCGAUUGGUAAACGCUCUGUCAAACCUGGGGAGGUAAACUACCCACUCGCUCGCAAUCCGCCACCACUUUUGGGUUGUAGCCACCCGUCUGUCUUCAUGUAGUUUAUCGACCAGUAAGGCAUCUGUCAACGGCAGAAGAAUUUGUUCAAAGAGGAGGAGAAGGAUCCCUCUGCUGCUCAUUUGAUGCUUCUCUGACAAGUUUACAUGUCUCGAGGCAGUAUCCCAAAGAGUUGUUAGCUUUAGCUUCCGCCUCUUGCCUUCCCAUCUCCUUCAGCUCACCGCCACAUUUAAUACCUUUGUGCGUGCCGUCUUAUCUCUGUGAUCCCGACUUCCUUUUGUUCUCUGGUCUGGUGUCGCGCACAGCAUUCCCCCUUCGGUUCCUGUUAACGCGGGCUGAGGAAGAUAGACCGUAGAAGAGGGAGGCAUCGGGAGGGGAAGGAGAGAUGUUGUGCAGCUUGCUGGGUGGCAAAUUCUCCAACAAAUGCAAGCACGCGGUGAGAUUCAUCAAGGCGAGGAUGGGACCGAUCCGGAACAAGAAGCAGGCCGUGGUGAGGUGCCUCAAGAGGGACGUCGCCGGCCUCAUCGCCGCCGGCCAUGAAGCCAUUGCGUUCGGAAGGAUUGAUGCACUUAUUGUUGAGAUGAACCAUGCAUCCUGCUAUGACAUGAUUGAGCAAUUCUGCCAAUAUAUCUUGAGUCAGCUUCCGAGCCUACGAAAGCAGAGGGAAUGUCCUCAGGAAGCCAUGGAAGCAAUAUCAACUCUAAUUUUUGCUGCAGCAAGAUUUCCAGAUUUACCAGAGUUGUGUGAUCUCAGGCAUGCUUUCGUAGAACGAUACGGGAGUCAUAUGGAGUCAUCUGUAAAAGCGGAGUUUGUUGAGAAAAUUCAGGAAAAGUCAUUUUCAAAGAAAAAGAAGCUGCAGCUACUGCAAAAUAUUGCAGAAGAGUUCACCUUAAGAUGGGAUCCUAAGACAUCCUGUCUCCAAUCACACAAUGCCCCCAAACCUAAAUCUACUCGACCUAAGGAAGUUGCAGCUUCACAUGAUGUAGAUAAUGGAGCUUCCUCUGCGAAGGCCCCGACAAAAGAGGAGAGUCCAUCCAAGAGAAAAUAUGGCUCUAAUCCUGUAAGUGCUGUUGGAAAACAAGGAGGGGAAGUGGAGCAGAAAGACAUUCAUGUGAUUCCAACUACUAUAAAUAGGCAAUCGCAUGAUCAGGUGGAGAAACCAACAAGUACAGAGAAUACUGAAUUGUAUCAAACUGAUAAUGCAGUUCGGCCAUUUGUUAAACAUAAGAGAAAUCAUGAUGGAAUACGUAAAAAUAAAGUUGAUUAUCUCCAGAGUAGGACAGAAAAGGUGCAAAAGGAGCAGCAUCAUAGUAUAGAGAAGCAAGAAGUUGGCUCAGUGAAAUCUCAGAAUGUGAGACUUGCGAAUGUGGCUCCUCCAUACGCCAAGUCGAUUGAUAGUCGAUUUCAUGUGGAAGAAACAAGAGGAGAUGGUACAGUUCCUCCAUGCACUAAAUUGAACUGGAUCGAGAAUGGGCACCAUGUGGAAGGAAAAAUUGGUGAUGUCCGAGACCAUAAUAGGUCGCAAAGGCAUGAAGCAUCGGAUCGUAGUGUAGUAGAAAAGCCAUCAGUCGGACCAGUGAACAACAAUGGGAGAGGACGCUAUGUGAUUCCGCCUUAUGUAAAGCCUGGGGUCAUUGAUUUCUCAACCAACGGAGAGCAAACACUUCAAAACAUUGGUGUAGAUGAUGGCAAGUCUAAUGGUACCCAAGGAGUUUCUCGUGAUGAGAAGCCGAAGCCGGUUUGCAUGAGGAGGAAAUCCCAGAGGCCACCAGUUACCGAGAUCAAUGAGGGUACGAUCGAUGAUGAGAAGACCACAAGUUUUACCCCCGGCGACCAGAGAAGACAUAGGGGCAAACGGAGCACUGAUACCAACGAUGAAAACUUUGUGGAAGAAAAGAUUGCGAUUAGAGAGUCAAGAUCGCGAAUCGGUGAUGAAAUGGAUAAUGCUAUAGAUUACAGUAAGCUCUUGCUUCGAUCAUCCAAUGAACUAAGACGACAUACCAGUAGGCAUACUGCUGCUAUGAACGAUUGUGAGUAUGAUGAGGAAGAAAUAGCUGUGGAGAAGCUCUUGCUGCACUACAGCAGGAAAGGGAGAGCUAGAGAUCCCAUCAAGGAAAGAAGGACAGCAAAUCAUGUCGAUCUAGAUAGAUUUGAGCGUCCUGCGAACAGCAAAAUUCAACUGAUCCAGAGAAGAGCAGUGCCUCCUCCAGAAAGGGUCAUCUCAGUGCCAUCAGAACCAGUUAGUCCAGCCGAAGUCAAGGCACCUGCUCGGUCCACUUCGAUGCAGCCUGAUCCAUCGAAUCCUAAGGUCGGUCGAGUGCAUCCAAAGCUGCCAGAAUUUGAUCAGCUGGCUGCACGUCUUGCUGCCACAAAGAAGAAAACUUAAGAUCCCCCAUGGAAGUGCUCUUCCUGCAUUCUGCUCCCAUUUUUCUUUCUUCUCCUCCACUAUAAAAGCACAAUCUCUUCCUGACCUCACUUCAUCUUUCUCAUUCCACAGCUUGUUUGAUGUGCAACACAGUAGGUUUUUCUUUUCACUCGCAUCAUCUGUGAAUAUGAGACGACAACAGCUUGCUUCAUGAUGAAAAUUUCAUGACAUUACUUGUAACCCAUUUGGUCAUUUUGUUCUUUCGAAUUGGAUACAGAUGAAUAAAUCCGGUGUCUUGCUUUCU